GUGACGCACUUCCGGCUUUUGUGACGCUUUCCCUGGGUUCUGACGUCCAGGGGGCCUAGAUCUGAGUCCAGCGCUCCUGGUCCCCAAAGUCACAACCGGUUCUAUCCCAGCACCCCAGACGUCUCCGGGCGGGGACAGAGUUGGGCGUGCACGGCUGUGUCCUGCAAUCCGCUCGCCACGACCGCCCCGGACGGAGUGGAAGCGGGUCCGUGCCCCUGUCCCUCGCGUCAGCCUCGGCGGUGGCAAGCGCUGUCCCUCAGCAGAGGCGUCCCUGGAUACAGGAUAGCAAAACCUGAUCUCAUAAAACCUAGGUCACAAAGGACAGCCCUGCAAAACAGACGCUAUUUGGAUCAAGUGAGCCAGUUCCUGGAACCUGAAUAAUGACUCCUGAAUCAAGGGAUACUACAGAUUUGUCUCCACGGGGUACCCAGGAGAUGGAAGGCAUCGUGGUAGUGAAGGUGGAGGAGGAAGAUGAAGAAGACCAUUUUCAAAAGCAAAGAAACAAAGUAGAGUCAUCGCCACAAGUUCUCAGUCACUCUACAACCAUGAAUGAGAGAGCCUUAUUAUCAUCAUAUUUAGUUGCAUAUAGAGUGGCAAAGGAGAAAAUGGCUCACACGGCGGCUGAAAAAAUUAUCCUUCCAGCAUGUAUGGACAUGGUACGGACAAUUUUUGAUGACAAAUCAGCUGAUAAACUAAGAACUAUACCUCUUAGUGAUAAUACAAUAUCUCGUCGAAUCUGUACGAUUGCAAAACAUUUGGAAGCAAUGCUUAUUACACGGCUGCAGUCUGGUAUAGACUUUGCAAUCCAACUUGAUGAGAGCACUGAUAUUGCAAGUUGUCCCACACUCUUGGUCUAUGUCAGAUAUGUGUGGCAAGAUGAUUUCGUAGAGGAUCUCUUAUGUUGUUUAAAUUUAAAUUCACAUAUAACUGGAUUAGAUUUAUUUACUGAAUUAGAAAACUGCAUUGUUGGUCAGUAUAAAUUAAACUGGAAACAUUGUAAAGGAAUUUCAAGUGAUGGAGCAGCCAAUAUGACCGGAAAACACAGCAGACUUACUGAAAAAUUGUUAGAAGCAACCCACAACAAUGCUCUUUGGAAUCACUGUUUUAUUCAUCGAGAAGCUUUGGUAUCCAAAGAAAUUUCACCAAGUCUAAUGGAUGUAUUGAAAAAGGCAGUGAAAAUUGUUAAUUUUAUUAAAGGAAGCUCACUGAAUAGCCGACUUCUCGAAAUACUUUGUUCAGAGAUUGGAGUUAACCAUACCCACUUACUGUUUCAUACAGAAGUUCGUUGGCUUUCUCAAGGAAAGGUAUUGAGCAGAGUAUAUGAACUCAGGAAUGAGAUUUACAUUUUUCUCAUUGAAAAGCAAUCUCAUUUGGCAAAUAUUUUUGAAAACGACAUUUGGGUAACCAAAUUGGCAUAUUUAAGUGAUAUUUUUGGCAUUCUUAAUGAAUUAAACCUGAAAAUACAGGGGAAAAACAAUGAUAUAUUUCAGUAUCUUGAACAUAUUCUAGGAUUCCAAAAGACAUUAUUAUUUUGGCAAGCAAGACUUAAAAGUAACCGCCCUAGCUACUAUAUGUUUCCAACAUUAUUGCAACACAUCGAAGAGAACAUUAUUAACGAAGACUGCUUAAAAGAAAUAAAAUUAGAGAUAUUGUUGCAUCUCACUUCUUUGUCUCAAACUUUUAAUUAUUACUUUCCAGAAGAGAAAUUUGAAUCAUUAAAGGAAAAUAUUUGGAUGAAAGAUCCAUUUGCUUUUCAAAACCCAGCAUCAAUAAUUAAGUUAAACUUGGAGCCUGAAGAAGAGAAUGAAUUAUUGCAGCUCAGUUCAUCAUUCACACUAAAGAAUUAUUAUAAGACAUUAAGUUUAUCAGCAUUUUGGAUUAAGAUUAAAGAUGAAUUUCCACUACUAAGUAGGAAGAGUAUAUCGCUGUUACUACCAUUCACAACUACUUAUUUGUGUGAACUAGGAUUUUCAAUCUUGACACGAUUAAAAACAAAGAAGAGAAAUAGGCUCAACAGUGCACCGGACAUGCGGGUAGCAUUAUCUUCAUGUGUUCCUGACUGGAAGGAACUUAUGAACAGACAAGCACACCCAUCACAUUAAAUAAAAUCUUUACAAAAUCCUGUGUUUAGUCGGGUGUGGUGGCUUACGCCUGUAAUCCCAGCACUGGGGAGACGGAGGUGGGCAGAUCACUUGAGAUCGGGAGUUCGAGACUAGCCUGGCCAACAUGGUGAAACCCCAUCUCUACUAAAAAUACAAAGCCAGGCGUGGUGGUACAUGGCUGCAGUCCCUGUUACCUGGGUGCCUAAGGCAGGAGAAUCUCUUAAACCAGAGAUUGCAGUGAGCUGAGAUAAUCCCACUGCGUUCCAGCCUGGGCAACAGAGUGAGACUCCAUCUCAAAAACAAAAAAAAAUUAUAUCUGUACUUUUAAAGGGAUUUUGCAGUAUAUUGUAUUUAAAUGUUAAUAAAAUUAUAUUUGCAAUUAGG